GUGUUGUGUCCCCAUAAACCACAAUGGCUCAGUAUAACUGUUCCUCUCUGGGUCUACCUGCCACCACUCCUGACCAGCUGGGUUGGAAUGCCUCCAAGGGCCCUGGGCAACGUCAGUGCUGAUGACAUGGAGGACAUGUGCCUGAGUCGGAGUCAGUACCUGGAGAAGUUUCUAGGCUUCCGGCGGUCACCCAUGUUCCUGCCUGUCUGCAUUACCUUCCUCAUUAUCUUCAUUGUGGGAGUGUUAGGGAACAUGCUCACCUGCACCGUCAUCCUGCGCAACAAGGUGAUGCGGACGCCAACCAACUACUACCUGUUCAGUCUGGCCGUGUCCGAUUUAUUAGUCCUACUGCUGGGUAUGCCAUUGGAACUCUACGAGAUGUGGAGCAACUACCCAUUCCUGUUCGGUGCUGGCGGCUGCUACUUCAAGACCUUCCUGUUCGAGACGGUCUGCUUUGCGUCCAUCCUCAUUGUAACCGCGCUGAGCGUGGAGCGCUACAUCGCCGUGAUACACCCGCUCAAGGUCAAGCACGUCGCCACUCAUGCCCAUGCCAAGCACGUCAUCCUGACGCUGUGGGCCAUGUCCAUGGCGUGCGCCGUGCCCAACACCAGCCUCCACGGGGUGGCAGUGCUGGGGCCCCGGUUCGGGAGCCAAUUCCCCGAGUCGGCCAUCUGCACGAUUGUGAAGCCCCGGUGGAUGUACAACCUGAUUAUCCAGGUGACCACGCUAGUGUUCUUUCUGCUGCCUAUGCUCACCAUUACCGGGCUGUACCUGCGCAUUGGCCUGCAGUUGAGGAUGAAGAGGGGCAUGCAGGGGGUGGGGGCCGGGCCGGGUUUUGGUCCUGACAGCCACGGCAGCGUCCACAGGCAGCAGCAGACGGCACGCCACCGACAGGUCACCAAAAUGCUAUGUGAGUUUCUCAUCCACUGUCUCUAUAGUACCAGAAUGUCCUGGACAUGUGCAGAUUAUAGACCUACUGUAUAUCUAUAUUCAAUUGUAAUUUAAAACUCUUUCAAUUAGCAAGAUGCUGUGUAAGUCCUCGCCCACUUUCUCUACAGUACCAGAAGGGUUGAGAGGAGAUGUCCCGGAAAUGACAGAUUAUAGACUGAUAUCUCCAUUGAAUUGGGCUUUAAAGCUAUUUUCUGAAGUACAAACUGAAAGAUUUGUUCCUAAACAUGUCCAUUGUUACUUAAAUAUUGCUCUUGCUUUCUGAAGAUGUCCUGGAAAGUGCCAAAUUCUAGACCGAUCUCUUUUGAAUUGGGACUUAUAAUUCUGUGCUGAAAUACAAACCAAAAUAUUUCUAUACAUGUUAAUUGUCACUUAAACAUGUCUUGAUCUCAAUGUCUGCAAAUGUAUUUUCUUCUGUCUGUCUGUCUGCCUGUCUAUCAGCCCGUCCGCUUGCCUGUCUGUCUGCUUCUCUGUCUGUCUGAGUGCCUACCUGCCCCUCUGUCCGUCUGUCUGCUUGCCUGUUUGUCCGUCUGUCUGUCUUUCUGUCCAUCCAUCCGUCCAUCUAACUGUCCAUCUUUCCACCAGGCGUACUGGUGAUCGUCUUCGGCAUCUGCUGGGCUCCUUUCCACAUUGACCGCCUCAUGUGGAGCUUCAUAAACUCCUGGACUGGCCACCACCACCUGGUCUUCGAGUACGUCCACAUCGUCUCCGGGGUCUUCUUCUACCUCAGCUCGGCGGUCAACCCCAUCCUCUACAGCCUCAUGUCAACCCGCUUCCGGGAAAUGUUCCGGCAGGUCACGUGUCGCUUCGGCCCAUGCAGCGGUCACUUGCGCCGGCUGACCUUCCGUAGCACCCAACUGACCCUACGUAGUACCGUCAAUGAGAAACCGCAACACAAUGGGAGAAUCACCCCAGACAGAGAGGAGCAGAACGUGUACGUAGACUCCCACAACCAGCCUGUAUAUGCCAAUACAAGCCCAGAUUAG